AUAGAGGAACAUUAGCUACUGGAACUGAAACGCUCGCCUGCGAAUCACUUUGGAAAUACAUUUAUUUUUGUACAGAUUUAGGAUAUACUGCCGACUGAAGCCUUAAGCAACAUGGAGUUGGGAAAGUCGUGGUCUUGUGUCGUCACUUUGAGUCUGCUCGCCGUCUUCAGCUCAACAAUAGGUGCUAUUCAUUAUAGCUGCGAGGGAUCCCUAUCAACUGGCCUGCCUCUAACCUCCUUCCAGAGUUCUACACAUUUUUCAGAGAGUCGGGCUGCAUACUUCGCCAAGCUCAACAGAAGAGAUGGAGGAGGAGGGUGGAGCCCUCAGUUGAUGGACAGGUCCCCCUGGCUGCAGCUGGAUCUCAGGGAGCGGAUGGAGGUGACAGCAGUGGCCACUCAGGGCCGCUAUGGCAGCCACGAUUGGGUCAGUGCCUACAUGCUCCUGUACAGUGACACUGGCCGUGUCUGGAAGCAAUACAGGCACGAGGACAUCGUAGGGAGACUGGUGGGAAACAUGAAUUCAGACAGUGUGGUCCACCACAAGCUCAGUCAUUCUAUCAGAACUCGCUUCCUGCGAUUCGUCCCUCUUGGGUGGAACCCCAGCGGCAGGGUGGGAUUGAGGGUGGAGGUCUACGGAUGUGCAUAUAAAUCAUUUGUGGCGGACUUUGAUGGCAGAAGCUCCCUGCUCUACCGAUUCAACCAGAAGUCCAUGAGCACCGUGAAGGAUGUGAUAUCUCUGCGUUUCAAGAGUCGUCAGGCAGAGGGCGUGCUGUUGCAUGGGGAGGGCCAGCGAGGAGACUACAUAACACUGGAGCUACAUCGGGGAAGGCUAGCCUUACACCUCAACCUGGAUGACACCAGGGUGAGGUCCAGCAGUGGCCGUACGGUGGUCACACUGGGCAGUCUGCUGGAUGACCAGCACUGGCAUUCAGUGCUCAUUGAGCGCUUUAACAAGCAGGUCAACUUCACCUUGGACAGACAAACACAGCACUUCAGGACCAAAGGUGAUGGAGACUCUCUGGAAGUCGACUAUGAGCUUAGCUUCGGUGGGAUCCCACUCCCUGGAAAACCUGGAACGUUUCUCCGAAGGAAUUUUCAUGGCUGUGUGGAGAAUCUCUACUAUAAUGGAGUAAACAUCAUUGAUCUCGCUAAGCGACGCAAGCCUCAGAUAUACAGUGUGGGCAAUGUGACCUUUUCCUGCUCGGAGCCACAGCUGGUUGCUGCUACCUUUCUGAGCUCCAGUAGCAGUUUCCUGUCUUUGCCGGCCCCACUGCCCACUCUGGAGGGGCUCUCCGUGCGCCUUCAGUUCCGCACCUGGAACCCAGAUGGCCUACUGCUGUCUAGCCAGUUGGCCUCAGACUACGAGCCUCGUUAUCUGCUCCUCCAGAUCAGCAGUGGUCGACUCCGCCUCACCCACCAGACAUCGAGCCUCAAGACAUCUGAGGUGUCUACUGGUCAGAGGGUAAAUGAUGGUCUGUGGCACAUGGUGAGUCUCAGCAGCAGAGGACUACAGAUUGCUCUGACCCUGGACAACGAGCCAGCCUCCACCAUUCAGCUAGAGCACUACCUGGAGCCAAGGGACAAUUAUUAUUUUGGGGGUUGUCCAGUGGCUCAUAAUGACUCCAGCUGUAUGAACCCCACAAUGGCUUUCCAGGGUUGUGUUCGUCUCAUCCUCAUCAAUAACCAACCUAUGGACCUCAUGCUUAUCCAGCAAGGGAUCAUGGGAAGAUGGAAUCAACUACAGUUUGACAUGUGUGGCAUUCAGGACAGGUGUCUCCCCAAUUUCUGUGAAAACGGUGGCCGAUGCUCUCAGACGUGGUCCACAUUCUCCUGUGAUUGUGCUGGGAUUGGAUACAGCGGAGCCACAUGCCAUAACUCCAUCUAUGAAGCCUCAUGUGAGUCCUACAGGCUUGUGGGAAGCACUUCCGGCUACUUCUCCAUUGAUCCUGAUGGGAGUGGCCCUUUGGGGCCCAUUCAAGUAUACUGCAAUAUGACAGAGAACAAAGUAUGGACUGUAAUUGACCACAACAGCACCGGGCAGGUAAGGGUUCGAGGAUCAACCCCAGAAAGAAUAUACAGUUCACGCUUCGACUAUGGUGCCUCUCCAGAGCAGCUGGGGGCCUUGGUGGCCGAGUCGCAGUACUGCCAGCAGAGACUCACCUACCGCUGCAGGAGGUCCCGACUUUUCAACACAUGGGAUGGUGUGCCCUUGUCCUGGUGGCUGGACCGCAGUGGGGAGAGGAAAACGUACUGGGGAGGCUUUCUGCCUGGCGUUCAGCAGUGCGCCUGCAGCCUGGAAGAAAACUGCGUUGACAUGAACUUUUUCUGCAACUGUGAUGCAGACCGAGACUCAUGGGAAAAUGAUACGGGGAUCCUGUCUUAUAAGGCUGACCUGCCUGUGAGUGGGAUAGCAAUAGGAGACACAAACAGGCUGGGCUCUGAGGCCUUGUAUAGUGUUGGGCCACUGGAAUGCUCUGGUGACAAGUCUCUGUGGAACGCAGCGUCUUUCUAUGAGGAGACGUCGUACUUGCAUUUUCCUGCCUUCCACAUUGAGUUCUCAUUUGACAUCUCCUUCUACUUCAAAACCGGUGCCCCCUCAGGGGUCUUCCUCGAAAAUCUGGGGCUCCGUGACUUCAUCAGAGUGGAGCUGAGCUCUCCCUCUGCCGUGACAUUCUCCUUCGACGCGGGUGAUGGCCCAGCUGUCUUGUCCGUCAAGUCCCCCGUCCCCCUCAACGACAGGCAGUGGCACUGGGUGCGAGCUGAGCGCAAUGUGAAGGAAGCCUCCCUGCAGGUGGACCAGCUGCCCCUCCGCUUCCUUCAGGCCCCAGCAGACGCGCACCUUCGCCUGCAGCUCAACAGUCAGCUGUUUGUGGGAGGGACAGCCUCCAGGCAGAGAGGCUUCCUCGGGUGCGUGCGAGCACUCAGUGUGAACGGAAUUACCCUGGACCUUGAUGAGCGGGCCAAGAUGAGCCCCGGCGUGACUCCGGGUUGCCCCGGCCACUGCAGCAGCUCCGCUGGCUUCUGCCACAACCGGGGUAGGUGUGUGGAGAAGAGCAGUGGCUACACCUGCGACUGCACUCACUCUGCCUAUGGAGGACCCUCCUGCAAGGAAGAAGUGUCAGUGUCCUUCGAGAGGGGCUCAUCAGUGACCUACACUUUCCAGGAGCCAUUCUCAUUCAUGCAGAACCGGACGGCCCAGGCCUCAUCUGCAUCCUCGGCCUACCCCAAAGCCAGAGAGCACAUGGCUCUCAGUUUCCUGACCACCCAGACUCCUGCCAUGCUCCUCACUGCCAACACCUUCACCCAGCAGUACCUGGCUGUCAUUUUGGCUCACAAUGGUAGUCUUCAAAUAUGGUACCGGCUCCAUAAAGAGCGAAGUCCCAGUGUGUUCAGCCCUGUGUCCACCAGCCUGGCAGACGGACUAAUCCACCGUCUACGACUACACAGGGAGGGACAGGACGUGUACGUGCAGGUUGAUGAAGACAAUAAAAAAUAUACCCUCUCUUAUGAUGCAGAGUUUAACUCGAUGAGAUCACUGACCCUGGGAAAAGUUACUGGAAGUGAUGCUCUGGAUGAGGAAGUUGCACAAGCAGGAUCCAGAGGCUUCAUCGGCUGCUUUUCAUCUGUUCAGUACAAUCAUGUAGCCCCUCUGAAAGCAGCUCUUCUGAACCGUGGUAGCUCAUUGGUCAGCAUACGAGGAAAUCUGCUGGAGUCGAACUGUGGCGCACUGGCUGAUUUAUCCACCUCUAAAUCCCGUUUAGACCAUGGGGAAGAGGUGGGGAAAGAUAACAAGGCCCAUGAAGAUGACACCCAAAGAGAUUCAGCGGUAAUCGGAGGUGUGGUCACCACAGUGGUCUUUAUUACACUGUGUGUGGUGGCGGUCAUGACACGUUUCCUGCUCCAGCACCGGCAGGUCCGGAGAACUGCCAGCAUCCAAGAGAAGGAGCACCGACACAGCCUUGAAGCCGCCUACAAAACCGAACUCCACCUACACAACUGCGUGAGGGACAAUAUGAAAGAAUACUACAUCUAACAGAUGUACAAGGCCUGUAGCCACUGGUCGUUUCUACUUUCGUUUAGUCCUUCUGCACCAUUGUGGUGCAGACCUCAUCUAGCAAUGGUUACAUGGAGGAGAUCCUUCAGAACAUUAUGUGGAGGAGAUCCUUCAGAACAAUAUGUGGAGGAGAUCCUGCACUGGUGGAGUCUGGAGAACAUAGGGAUCUUCCAAUCUAGGUAGGUCGUAGCUAGUAGAUGCCCAGCCUGUUAGCCCAGAGAAGUGGGUCCGGGUUGUGAUGUAUGGUGAUGGUGUUAUGGGGGAAAAGCCCCUGCAUUUCUUGGACAAUAUCUACCUGAGGGAAUCCUUGAAAACCUUGUUAUUUUAGAGAAUCUGUUCAUCCCUGUUGGGCUUAAAGUGUUGUUACGUUAUGAUUCACAAAAUCAUCUCUACCCCUACUGGACUGGACAUAAGCAGUAAUACUACCUUCCUCAAGAGGUGUUCGGCAGUCCAUCACAGUUUGAUUUAGUAAUUAUUACUCUUCAUUGUACUUAUUAUUUUUAAGUACUCCAAAAUGAUUACUUCACUGUCAUUUAACACCAUAUGUAGAGACAGUUAUCCAGGAAAGUUAGAAAGAAGAUUGUAAUUCACCUUUCUUUUUCACAUUUUUACAAACUAGUGAGUAUAGAAGGUGAAGCUCAUAUUAAAAAAAAUGGAAAAUGCCUCAGAAAUGUGACAACCCUUUAAAAGUAGUCUGUUCUUUUAAACAUAAAGUAAUAUAAAACAAUAUAUCUGUAAGACUUCAUGUUCUAACAAAAAUAAAUAAAUAAAUGCAACAAUGUUGUAAUGUGUCAUGUCAUCUGCCUAGUCACCGAUCUUGACAUGACAUUUUUGCUACAGAUAAGGUCCAGUAAUUUCAUUUGGAACCUGUUUUUUGUUAAAAUUCAGGUUGGCAUGCUUGUGGUUACAGAAUGUGUAGAAACCAAUGCCGGAAGCUUAAGAAUAAAAUUUAUUUAAAUUUAGAAACAAGGGUAUACCUGAAUUACAGCCAAUGAAUUUAAUAAUAAUAACUCUGAGAACUGGAUAAUUACUGUUUGCACUGUGACAAAACAAUUGUGCCAGAUUACUUACUUUUGAAUUUUCAAAUUAUAUUGCCACUGCGGCAUAUUUAAAUGCAGAGCUUGGCUCAGUCCCUGUUGCUUCUGUAUUAUAGGCUUAUAUUUCAACAUGAAAUCCUUCUAAGAAAUGUUUCUGUCACAGAUACAACAAAUUACGCACAGUCCUCUGAAAUUGAACCUGUUAUCUCUAGCAGUAGAUCUACUGUCCUUGUUUCUGAGUGAUAACAUGAUGAGCUGUGUCCUCUGGGACUCCUGAACACGGAGGGUAACCAACAUGACUGGCACUUAAACCUAAAUUAACAGAUGUAGUGCUUUUACCUACUGAGUCCUUGAGGUAGGUCAGUGAUAUGCUUGCAUUUACUUGGAUAAUCUAUUCUCAAAAUUUAAAUUGAGGUUUAUUUUCAUAUUCCCACAUCUUUUAUUUAUUAUCUUCAUAUCAUGUUAAUGUCAAUUACUUACUGAUUUUCAUGUUUUUGUUUGUUUUAUAUGGAAGUGUCCUUCAAUAUGUUUUUGUUGUUAAUCUUUUAUAUGUCUAUUGAUACUGGUUAUUUUACAGGGCCUGUUUUGUAUAA